AGCCUCUGAGUGGAAGGCUCUGACGCGCGCUCAGCUCCACUGGGCAAAUGGCAGGGGCGUGUCCACGGCCGCUGAAUUUGCUUAGCUUCCUCUUCAUAAGACGGGAAAGCGCCCUCCACCCCCUCAUUCGUUUCUGAGAAGCAACGAGACAUCAGCAUCAUGCCCGAGCCAGCAAAGUCCGCGCCCAAGAAGGGCUCCAAGAAAGCCGUCACCAAGACAGCAGGGAAAGGCGGCAAGAAGCGCCGAAAGUCGAGGAAGGAGAGCUACGCCAUUUACGUGUACAAAGUGCUGAAGCAGGUCCACCCCGACACCGGCAUCUCCUCCAAGGCCAUGGGAAUCAUGAACUCGUUCGUGAACGACAUCUUCGAGCGUAUCGCCGGAGAGUCCUCUCGCCUGGCCCACUACAACAAGCGUUCCACCAUCACCUCCAGGGAGAUCCAGACCGCCGUGCGCCUGCUGCUCCCCGGCGAGUUGGCCAAACACGCAGUGUCCGAGGGCACCAAGGCCGUGACCAAGUACACCAGUUCCAAGUAAACAGCCCGUUUGGAGUGCUGUACUAACCCAAAGGCUCUUUUAAGAGCCACCCA